UCUUUGCUUAGACAUACUCUCUGUCUGUCCCCUCUUCUCUCCUAAUUUCUUUAAUCUGCUCUCUCUCUCUCUCUCUCUCUCUCUCUCUCUCUCUCUCUCUCUCUCUCUCUCUCUCUGUACCGAUCUCUGCCAAUCCCAGAAUUCAAAAAAGAAAAUUGGUACAAGUUCAUGUUAAUCCCCUUUUUUUCUGCUUCUUAUUCGAUAAUUUGGACUCCAAGUUCGAGGGUUUUUGAUUUUUCAUACUCACUCUUCAAUUUGAUUGAUUCCCUUUGUUUCUUCAUCUGAUUUGGGAGAAAUUACGAAGUGGGUUCUGCGGGAUCUGUAUUUCCGAACUUCUUUUCGUUGAGAAAUAUUAUGUGCUGAUUCUGUAUUCUUGAAAGUAAAAGAAAUAUGCCUUCAUGGUGGGGGAAGUCAUCAUCAAAAGAAGUAAAGAAAAGCAAGGAAAGUUUAAUCGACACAUUGCAGAGAAAACUUAGAACUACUGAUGGUAAAACGAACAGCAAAUCAGGAGAGUCUCCGAGAAAUUGUAAUGACACAAUUUCUGAGCAGGGAUCUCGAUCUCCUAUUUUUUCAAGAUCAGCUUCCCCUUCCAAACAAGUUUUAAGAUGUCAAAGCUUUUCCGAGAGGCCACAAGCACAACCUCUUCCACUUCCUGGUGUCCAGCCGCCAAUUGUAGGUCGGACAGACUCUGGGAUUAGGAUUUCACCAAAACCAAGAUCUGAAAGGGGCUCCAAGCCAUCAUCAUUUCUACCACUUCCAAGACCAGCAUGCAUUCGUGGGCAGCCAAACCAUGCAGAUUUAGAUGCAGAUGUUGGUGUUGGCUCAGUGUCCAGUGAGAGCUCAACUGAUAGCACGGAUCUAUCGGAUUCACGCCAUCGUAGUCCUCAGGCAACUGACUAUGAUCUUGGGACUAAAACUGCCGCAAGCAGUCCUUCCAGUGUCAUUCUCAAGGAUCAGUCUUCUACUCUCACCCAACCAAGUUCGCAAAAGGCCAGAAAACCGGCUAAUAUCUCAUUGAGCAACCACAUUUUCUCAACAUCACCCAAGCGGAGACCUUUAAGCAGUCAUGUUCCAAAUCUGCAAGUUCCAUAUCAUGGGAAUGUAUGCAUUGCACCUGAUAGUUCAAUGUCAAGUCCUUCUAGGAGUCCCAUAAGGGCAUUUAGCUCCGAGCAAGUUAUUAAUAAUGCUGUCAGUACUGGAAAGUUCUAUAUGGAUGUCACAUUUCCUGGGUCAGGCCAUUGUUCCAGUCCUGGUUCUGGUUACAAUUCUGGCCAUAAUUCUAUGGGUGGGGAUUUGUCAGGGCAGUUAUUUUUGCAACAAAGCCGGGGUAGCCCUGAAUAUUCUCCAGUACCUAGUCCCAGAAUGACCAGCCCUGGCCCAAGCUCCAGAGUCCAUAGUGGUGCAGUGACCCCAAUUCAUCCUAGGGCGGGAGGUAUACCAACUGAGUCACAGACAAGCUGGCCUGAUGAGAAGCAAACUCACCGCCUGCCCCUACCUCCCGUUGCAAUUUCCAAUGCUCCUUUUUCUCAUUCCAAUUCAGCUGCAACUUCUCCCUCUGUUCCAAGAAGUCCUGGAAGGGCUGAUAAUCCGGCAAGCCCGGGCUCCCGUUGGAAAAAGGGGAAGCUUUUGGGUAGGGGUACUUUUGGACAUGUGUAUGUUGGUUUUAACAGUGAAAGUGGUGAAAUGUGUGCAAUGAAGGAAGUUACAUUAUUUUCUGACGAUGCGAAGUCCAAGGAGAGUGCCAAGCAAUUAAUGCAAGAAAUUACCUUGUUGAGUCGUUUACGACAUCCAAAUAUUGUGCAGUAUUAUGGAUCUGAAACGGUUGGGGACAGGUUUUACAUUUACCUUGAAUAUGUAUCUGGUGGCUCUAUUUACAAGCUUCUCCAGGAAUAUGGACAGCUUGGAGAUUCAGCACUUCGUAGUUAUACUCAGCAAAUAUUGUCUGGGCUUGCAUAUUUACACGCUAAAAGCACAGUUCACAGGGAUAUCAAAGGAGCAAAUAUACUUGUUGAUCCCACUGGGCGUGUUAAGUUGGCUGACUUUGGGAUGGCAAAACAUAUCACUGGCCAAUCGUGCCCUUUGUCAUUUAAAGGAAGCCCGUAUUGGAUGGCACCUGAGGUUAUCAAAAACUCAAAUGGUUGCAACCUUGCGGUAGAUAUUUGGAGUCUUGGAUGCACUGUUUUGGAGAUGGCAACAACAAAACCUCCUUGGAGUCAAUAUGAGGGAGUUGCUGCGAUGUUCAAGAUUGGCAACAGCAAAGAACUUCCUGAAAUCCCAGAUCACCUUUCACAUGAUGGAAAAGAUUUCGUUAGACAAUGUCUGCAACGGAAUCCUGCUCAUCGUCCUACAGCUGCUCAGCUUUUGGAACAUCCUUUUGUGAAACAUGCUGCACCUCUUGAAAGACCGAUUUUAGGUUCUGAACAUUCAGAUCCAACUCCAGGAAUUACAAAUGGAGUAAGAACAUUGGGUAUUGAACAAGGAAGGAAUCCCAGCUUCUUGGAUUCUGAUAGAUCUGCAGCUCAUUCAUCUAGACUCCCAACAGCUGCUUUCCAUUCCAGUGAAAUUCAUAUUCCAAGGAACCUAUCGUGCCCUGUUUCGCCCAUCGGAAGCCCUCUGGUGCACUCACGAUCGCCUCAACAUCCUAGUGGAAGAAUGUCUCCGUCACCCAUAUCUAGCCCUCGUAACAUGUCGGGUGCAUCUACUCCUCUCACAGGAGGAAGUGGUGCCAUUCCACAUCAGCAUCUCAAGCAAUCACUGUACCUUCAGGAGGGAUUUGGGAACUUGCCAAAACCUUCGAUGGCUCCUUAUAGCAAUGGUCCUUCCUUUCACGAUAUAAACCCUGACAUCUUUCAGGGGAUUCAGCCAGGCUCACACAUCUUUUCUGAGCUUGUACACCAUGAAACCGAUUUUCUGGGCAAGCAGUUUGGAAAGCCUGCCUGGGAAUUGUAUGAUGGGCAGGCGGUCUUGGCUGAUCGUGUUUCCAGGCAGCUGCUGAGUGAUCACAUAACAACUCCCUCCCUGGAUUUAAGUCCAAGCUCUCUUUUGACCAACCGCAAAUAGUCAGAAUUAACUAACUGUUUGGAAUUUCAUGGACCCAUCUAUGAGAGGAAGCUCACAAGAGGGUCCGUCAUCUUUGACAUAUUGAAACUGAAACAUAUGGUUUAACAAUGAAGAAACUGAGCUGUGUUGUGUUGUAAACGACUGCAACAAACAGAUCUGUGCAGUAACGUCUGACAUCUUGAAACUGUAGAACUGGAGACAGCCCGAUUUCACAGUCACAUGAUGUACAAGGUUGCUGACAAUGAUUAACCGAUAAAGAAAGACAAACUUCAUGAUGGAAUUAUACGUUCACUGGCUGAAACUGGCUUCCGGGUAAGCAGAAACCUUAUGUUUUAUUGGUCGCUUAUGAUAUGGCAGGCAUCAAAUUGUACAAAAAUUAAGUAAAAUUUUGCUUUAGGAUUGAACCUGAAGAGAUCUAUAUUAUGGCAAAUACUCCCACCCAAGCCAAAGAAACAUUCAUGACGAUGAAAGCUGUACACUUUAACAUCGUCAAAUAAGAUGUUAGGAAGAUUGAGAUGGUAAAAUCUCUACCCUUCUGACCCUCAUUAUGUCUGAAGCUAAUGUACAGGAAGUGAAAGACUGAAAUAGGGUUCUAAAUUUGUUAAUGACAACACCCAAUAUUGGCAAA